UGUCCCUCGGAUCAUGGAAAGAGCCGAAGAUAGGAGAGCCGCGGAGGGGACAUGUACACUGAUCAUCAGGGCACUGAUGAUCAGUGUGCCCUGAUGAUCAGUGUAGCCCCAGCAGUGCCAGCUAUCAGUGCCACAUCAAUGCCACAUAUCAGUGCCUACCAGUGCACAUCAAUGCCACAUAUCAGUGCCCAUCUGAGCUGCCUUUCAGUGUCACCCAUCAGUGCUAGUCAGUACCACCUAUCAGUGCUGCCAAUCAGUGCCACCUAUUAGUGCCAGUCAGUGCGCAUCAGUGCCGCCUAUCAGUGCGCAUCAGUGCCACCUAACAGUGCCAGUCAGUGCCGCCUAUCAGUGCCAUGUAUCAGUG